CGGCCACCCUGAGGCAUUGCACGUGGAGUGCCAGUCGGACACCAGCCUGCUGCUGCACUGGCAGCCCCCGCUCAGCCACAACGGCGUGCUCACUGGCUACGUGCUCUCUUACCACCCGUUGGAUGAUGGGGACAAGGAGCAGCUGUCCUUUGACCUUCCGGACCCUGAGCUGCGGAUGCACAACCUGACCAACCUUAGCCCGCACCUGCGGUAUCGUUUCCAGCUGCAAGCCACCACGAAAGAGGGCCCUGGAGAGGCCAUCGUGCGGGAAGGAGGCACCAUGGCCUUAUCUGGGACCCCGGAUUUUGGCAACAUCUCGGCCAUGGCCGGCGAGAAUUACAGCGUGGUCUCCUGGGUCCCCAAGGAGGGCCAGUGCAACUUUGGGUUCCAGAUCUGGUUCAAAGCCCUGGGAGACGAGAAGACAGGCCCUCAUCUGCCACCGCAGUACGUCAGCUACAACCAGAGCUCCUACACGCAGUGGGACCUGCAGCCUGACACAGACUAUGAGAUCCACCUGCUCAAGGAGAGGGUGCUCCUAAAGAUGGCUGUGAAGACCAAUGGCACCGGCCGCGUGAGACUCCCUCCCGCUGGCUUCGCCACCGAGGGCUGGUUCAUCGGCUUCAUCAGCGCCAUCAUCCUCUUGGUCCUCGUCUUGCUCAUCCUCUGCUUCAUCAAGCGCAGCAAGGGUGGCAAAUACUCAGUGAAGGAUAAGGAGGACACCCAGGUGGACUCCGAGGCCCGGCCGAUGAAGGACGAGACCUUUGGCGAGUACAGUGACAAUGAGGAGAAGGCUUUUGGCAGCAGCCAGCCAUCCCUCAAUGGAGACAUCAAGCCCCUGGGCAGUGAUGACAGCUUGGCCGACUACGGGGGCAGCGUGGACGUCCAGUUCAAUGAGGACGGCUCCUUCAUCGGCCAGUACAGCGGCAAGAAGGAGAAGGAAGCGGCGGGAGGCAAUGACAGCUCGGGGGCCGCCUCCCCCAUCAACCCUGCCGGGACCCUAGAGUAGCAGGUUCCAGCCAGGCAAGGCCAGGCAGGGCGGAGCCUGGGGCUGGGCCACACGGGAGUCAGAGGCCAAGGCUCCCAAGCCCGACACCUGUGCUGACCUUGGGGCGGAGGCUCCUUCCACUCUCUACCAGGCCUCGGCCCCCUGCUCUGGCCUUGGGCCUGUGGGAGGCUUGAAGUUGGGGGCAGAGGAGAGGAACUCACUGCCUCUGAUCCCCCUCUGACUACCCGGUCCCCACUUUAUUGCCAAAACCCAGCCACACCCCUUCUUGGGCACACACCGCUUUGUUCCAGCCCAGGGCCAGUCACCCACACAUCGGGAGCCUUCAGGUGCUGCCUCAUCAGCCUUUGGGCAGAGAGAGGCCGUGGCUGGACAGAGAGGAAGUAGGGCUGGCCGCUCUUCACACAGCCUGGCUGGGACCGGGGACAGAACUCGGCGUCCCCACCAUCUGCUCCAACCAGGAUGGGAGCUGGGCAAGCUGGCCACGGGUGCAGAGGAGGCCAUCUGGAGAGCCCAGAGUCCCCACCUGCCAGUGUCACUCUCAUCGGCACCUUCCUCCCACCGCCCACCCCGCCCCGCAGCCGGCUUCCAGGAGUUCUAUACACACGCUGCCUUCGGUGCCCACCAGACAGCAUCCAAGUGGCCUCUGUCACUGCCAGGGUGUGGGGCAGGCACCCCCCCCCCCACUGCCCCUGCCACCGCCUGCAGCCCAGAACCCUUUAGCCACCCCGCCCAGCCCCUGAGUAGUUCCCGUGCUCAGCUUCCCCCGCCCCUCAACCUUGGGAAUGUAAAUACACCGUGACUUUGAAAGUUUGUGCCCUUGCCUUCCCCCAUAUGCCACUAGUGUGUAGGCAGAUGUCUGAGUCUCUAGGUGGUUUCUAGGUUUUAUAGCAAUUAGCUUUGAUGAUCCCAUCCUAGGAAAAAUAAAAACAGACAAAAAAAAAAAAAGGAAAAAGGAAAGAUUGGUUCUCCCAGCUCUGCUGUGCUCCUGCCUGGCAGGCAAGGUGUCCCUCUAUGCCUUUGCUUGGUCUGUUGAUGAGCCCUUUACAAAAAACAAAAGAAAUAUAUAUAUAUGUACAUAAAUAUCAGAAUUAUGACAGGCAAAUAAAAACCUGCACAUGAA